AUGUCAGAAGAAAAUCCCCCUGAAAAAGAGCCAGUCCUCCAAGAAAGCAAAUAGGAACAAGUGCAACAACCUUCAAUAGAAGGAUAAAUUCAAUAGGAACAAUAAGUGAAAGAGGAUACCCAAAAAUAAGUCGAGAAUUAAGAAAACUAAGAAAAGAAGGAAAUAGCUACAGAAUAGAUUAAAUAAGACCAAGAGGUCAAGGAAAUCAUACAAGAAAAAUAAGAAGCAUCUGAGACCUCAGAAUAAAUCGUUUAGAAAGAAGCCGAAUCAGAUAUUACUAAAAAUGAAAAAACCAAUGAAGAAACUUAAGUUAAAGAGUAAGAAGAAAAAUAAGAAAUCGCUGAAAAGGGGGCAGAAACUACCACUCAAAAUUUGGAUAAUUUAUUCUUAAAAGCCGAUUAUAGUUUUCCUAUCGAAAUAAAAGUCUGUGAUCCUGUUUAAAAAAGUGGAGGUAUUUCAAACUAUGUAGUUUACACCAUCAAAGGAAAAGAUUGCUUUGGAGAUUUUGAAACACAGAGAAGAUUUAAUGAAUUCUUCACAAUUAGAGAAUUACUCUUAGCCAAAUGGCCAGGAUAAUAUGUACCCCCUAUUCCUGAGAAAUCUGUCAGUACGGGAUCAGAGAUCAUAAUGGAAAGGACAAGAUUGCUUAAUAUUUUUUGUAUGAAGAUGAUGUAGAUUAAGCAUCUCUAUUAUUCAGAAGAAUUUUAUGAUAUCUUUUUAAGGUCAACAAAUCCUGAUAUAAACAAGCAAAUUUCUUAGAUACCCAAGUAAAAUGUAUUUGCUUACACAGAUCGAUACAAGCAAGCAUUUUAAAUCAAUGAGAUUAAGGAAAUCUCACCCGAAAUGAUUAAGAAAAUGAGUGGGGUUUAAUCCUUUUUAAAAUUAUCCUAAGCCACUUUAGUCAAAUAAUUGGAAUAAACCAGAACUUUAAGUUCUAGUCGAAAAUAAUUGAAGGAAACAUUUUUCACAAUCUUUGGACUCAAUAUAUCUGAAUAUGAAAAGUAGAUUCUUCAAGAAUGGGUACCAUAAAAUAAAUUGAUAUUUGCUAACCCUGCUAAUACAGAUAUUUUAGAAUUAGCCAAAAAGAUUAGAGAUCCAAAUAACAAUUCUCUUGACAAAAUUUAAGACUUAAUCCUAAUAGAGUAAAGAGAUAUUGAAGCAUUUUUAUAAGCUUUUUAAACUAGAGAUUCUUUGAUGCAAUCCAAAUAAAAGGCUGAGUAAAAGCUGAGUGAAGAAUAAACAGAUUUAUACAAAAUUAUGAAAGGUAACUCAACAAUGAAGGGUUCUUUUAGUAAAUUAAGUCUUGAGGAGUAAAAGUAAAAAUUGGAAAUCUAAUUAAAUGAGACUCAAAAAGAGGUUGACUAAUAUAAACUAUUAUUUUAAUUGGUUACAGACGUGUUGACAUCCUAUACAAUUGACAAAUUUAAAAAAGACAAACAUUAGACUUACAAAUCUAUUCUGGCAGAUUUAGCUUAAUGCGAAUAGCAAUAUUUGGAUAUCCAAUAAUAAUUUUGGUCCAAAGUAGAAUAAGUGAUAACAUAAUGUUAAGAACCUUGAAAAUUUAUUCAUAAAUAGAAAAGUUUUAAUUUAAAUAAUCAUU